CACAUCGCGUCUACUGUGAGCGAGCGCACGGAUACAGCACGCCAGGAUGCGCGCGUGCUGUUCUCUCUUUUUUAGCUUCCUCGCGCGCUUAAGUGACAGGCCGGUGACAGUCGUCUAGAAAUAUGCAUGAAUGAGUUUUUUUUUCUUUUUUACAGUGUUGCUUUUUCUUUUUUUCUCUCUUUCUUUCUUUCUUUCUUUCUUUCUUUCUCUCUCUCCCUGUGUGUGUGCGUGUGUGUGCGUGCGCGAGAGUGGGAGGUGUGGGGGGCUGGUAUAUCAAAGAGGAUACGUCACUGCGAUCUGCGCGGAUUGGCUGGAUUUUGCUCCUUUCUGCUUCAGAUUUUGCGAGCGCGUGCGAGAGGACGGCAGGAUCAUCCCGGCGGCGGCUCGUGGCAGGAAUCCUAAAUGCCUAAAUGCUGAGGGGGGUCUCUCUCUCUCCCAUGAAGGAAGAAGAAUGAUUGCAAUAUAGAGGCAGCAACAGCAGCAGCAGCAGCGCAGAGGUGGAACCUGCCAGUCAGCUGCCAUCGCCCCGCUUCUUUUGGUUCUCUCUUUCUCUUUUGUCGGGGGGAGCUACCUUCAAUAUGAGCGCCAUCACCUCCCCGGACAGACUGGCUCUGGCCGUGCCGCCCUGCGGCUCCAACGGGACGGCGUGGCCCGAGGGUGCCUGCAUGGCGCGGGUGGAGCAGCUCUUCCAGGCGCUCUCUUCCACCGUGGUGCUUUUCGUGCUCGUGGCGAUGAUCGCCGCGGUCAUCUCGGUGUCCCUCACCACCUUCCACUUCCACAAAAGCAAGAUGAAGAAGCGCAAGAUGCAGCGCGCGCAGGAGGAGUACGAGCGAGACAACUGCAGCCCCCGAGCGGCGGCAAAGGGGAAGCCGGUGCUCCGGCAGUGCGUCGUGGAGAAACCCUGCGCCGGGGGGCUGAAACGGGUCACGGGAGGCGAGAGCCCGGUGGUCAGUGUUGGUGCCAAUACCAGCCCCAAUAUCAGCAUCAGCACCAACUCCAGCCCCAGCGCCUGCGCAGGUGAAGAGGAGGAGGAGGAGGUCGAUGCCCCCGUCCUUAAUGAGAAGGAGGAGGAUGAUGAUGAGGAGGAGGAGGAAGAAGCCGCGCUGGAGAGCACGCGGAGACACGCGGCACAGACCACCGACGUGACCGACGACAACUUGCUCCAAGCCGUGGCUGUGUCCUGAUGAGCGCAAACGAGCGACCAAGCGAGCGAGAAAGCGCGAGGCACACGCAUUUUUUGGCAUUGACACUGUAAAUACGCGCCAUGUAUUAUAAUAAUUACAGUAUAUUACACACACACACACACACACACACACACACACGCACACGCCAUUUGGAGGAGGGACCCAGAUAGCAUGCCCAUGUGGGGUCUAUAUGGGUAGCCUGGGUAACUAGGGAUCAUAAAGUUUUGUUUUUGCACUGGAUGUCAGUGAUGUCAGGGUGAGAGAUGUUACCAGGAGGGGUUAAACAUGUAUGGACCUCAUGGACCACAUCUGGAUUGUAAGCUGGGCUGAAACGAUGCAGCCCAUUUGGGGAGCCCAACUGGCUACCAGUAACAUGACCACCUAGAACCCAGCUCGCCCACGGUUUACCCAUGUGAGCCCCACAUGAGCAUGUUGUGUUGGCAGAGGAUAAGUGGGGACUGGUCUAAUAAAAAGACUAAUCUACACGCUAUACACGCAUGAACAACCAGGAAGAUCCGAGAAGAUACCUUAUUCUACAGGUUCAUGAAGAUCCCACGAGAAGUUUCCUCAAGAGGAGCCCUCAGGAGGAGCCCUCAGCUCCUCCUUUUUGUGUGUGGUGGGGUAGGGAGGGGAGGGGAGUAAGGAAAGAAAGGGAGGCGGAAUAAAUAAUAAAAUAAUGGACGCAUCCUUCAAGCGAAUCGAUUUGUACUGGUCUACACGGUUGUAUCGCUAUCCGCGCGCAAUGGAUUGAUUUUCUUCUGCCAUCCAUGUGAAGGAGCUCUAGAAGCUGAAGGGAGGACGAGGCCGACUCAGAGCCGAGGGGCUUCAUUUCCGUGCAGGACUAUCUGUAAUAAAUGACUGCCAGUAAGAGAUAUGAUAGGAUACGAUAUGAUAUGAUAUGAUAUAUACAUACACUUGUUCUAUAUGAGGUCAGGCGCACAGGCCGUCUUGUAUAAAUCUGGUAACAGGAGCUUUUGGACGCUGUCCACUACUGUAGUGCUGAAAUAGGGAGUAACUCACGUUACCUGCUCUUCUUCAUGUAGGAUUCUCCCACACACCGCCUUUUAUAGCAUCCACCAAUACCGUUACUUAGUUUUUUGUUUGUUUGCUUUUUUUCCAGAGAUAAGAAAGGAGGAAUCCUGAGGUGUGAAUAUUAGGCUUAACCAUUUCUUACACUCUUAAAAAAAAUAAGGGAGCUACAAAGGAUUGUUUUAGCAAUGCCGUUUUAAUAUAAGAGUAAAAGUAACUUUUUAUCUCCUUAUUCAAAACUGCAAGCAAUUUGUAAAAAAAAAUCAGUUCCUCACUAAAGUUUUUUUUUUCUAACAGCAUUGCACCAGAAAAUGUGACUGAAAUAUAAUUUUCCAAAAGGUAUAGAAUAGUAUGCUAUCAUUUUUUUACAGACAUUUUUGGUUGCCUCUCUUGCCAGAAAGUUACGUUUUUACAGACAUUUUCUGGUGCCUUUCUUGACAGAAAAUAGACAUUUUCAGGUGUUUCUGAUGAAAAAUAAAUGUAAAAAGAAUAAUCUGGUAGCAGAGGAGUCAGAAAAUGUCUGUAAAAGAAAUCAAGUUGUGGAUAUUAUUUUAACACACAUUUUUUUCUAGCACCCCCUGCUGCAAGAAAAUUACAGUGUUUUAUAUUCUUGCUCUUUUUCUUGCAUUAAUGAACUGUAUUUGACAGUGAUAUUCCCGCAUUUGGUGCUGAUUUAAUACUGAAAAAUUUACUGUACUUAUUUCAUCAAAUUAUACUCAUUAUGGAACCCUUUUUAACACUGUUGUUUUUAAGAGUGUAAGAUCAGAAAAUAGAGUGUAAAAGUUUGUCAGAAUGAGAGCUUGGAGUAUAUGAUUGUCUUUCUGUCCUGGCAGGAGUAGGCGUGCUAGUUUGACCCCUUUACCCUCCUCCCCCUCUUUCUUUUCCCACAGACUGUUAACAUGUGUUUACAGUUACUAGCAGCUACUAGUGGUAGUUUAGCCUAUAAAGCCUAUUCUUGUUUGGUGCCAUAGGCAUAUUAUAUAUAUAUAUAUAUAUAUAUAUAUAUAUAUAUAUAUAUAUAUAUAUAUAUAUAUAUAUAUAUCUCUGGAGGCAUUUUUGUUAUGUAUUAUAGCUUUGGAUUGUUGAUUUCUUUUGUGUUACUUUUUUUAACUUUUGCUCUGAAGUUUAAUAUACAUUACUAGCUCUUUUAUGAUGGGGAUUAUAAUCUUAGGAGUGUAAAUUUACAAUCUACUAUGAAGAAAAGGUUUUAAAAGUCAUUUUCUGUAUUUUUUCGACGUUGUGUUUUAAGGUAAUGGGAAUAAGGAGGUAUUAAUAAUUAUAGGUUAUUAAUAAUAGCACUAUAAUUGACAGCAAUUUAAAGAAGCUUUUUUCAGUUAUUUUCAAUGCCUACUGCUAUAAAUUACCAAUAAAGAAUAAUGUAUAUGGCUGUGUGUCAUCUUUGAAACUCUACACAGAGUCUCAUUAUCCUAAUGUGCUUCAUUAUACUGACAUACUAGAGGUAGCAGCGAACAGACGUGAGGACAGCAAGGGCAUGAGGAUUAGAGCUGCUGUAAAAUUAUGGAUAGUUAUGUAAUGCUGUCAAAUUUCCCUCCAACAUGAUCAAAGUUUUUUUUUGUUUUUUCACUUUAAUGUAUGAGUGAGUAAGCAGAAACUGCUCUGUGGUUUUUGUCUCUACAGUAUGUCUGUUCAUGAGGUUUAUUUAAAGCGAGUUUAUUUAAAGAAAUAUCUCAAUGCUGCAUUGACCCAGUCCUGAACUCCAAUGGUUUUUAUAAAUUGUGAUUUGGAUUUGGAGUCUUAUGGGAUUUAUCUUUUUGGGAAGCACCCUUAACACCCCUGUGUCCUCUUUAUGACACUGAUUGAAAGUGAAAACUGAUUAAAAAGGGGUGCAGUCCUGACUCAGAUUGAGCAUAGCAUCAUAAAAUGAUCAUUUAUAGACAUUUGAUAUCAUCUGUAUUCUAAUACCCCCCAAGAGAUCUUAAGGAUACAGUAGUAAUUGAAGUAAAACUCUGAUACAUUUUUAA